AAGCACGAAAAGAAACAAAAAGAAGCAGUAGACAGUGGAACACACGAUAUAUAUUUGCUUUUCUUUUCUUCCCCUCGCCUCAUUCCUUUUUCAACUCCGACUCCUCCUAUUGACACCAAAAUCUUCUCUCCCCUUCUUUCCCGAUCAAUCGAUCUCUCCUUUUCUCCAUUCCUCCUCCUCCCGAUCCUCUCCGAUAUAUAUUUCGAAAUAUCCUCUGCCUCUCGCAUUCUCCUCUCCUAUAUUCUUUCUUCCCAAUAUUAUCCGCGUUCGAAUCGCACCGGAAAAAAAAGAUAUGGCCAUGGCAAUGGCAGCAGGCUAUGGCCAAAUCCCCUUCGACGAGGAGAUGCAGAAGAGCUUCCGUCCUCCCCCGCCCUUCCACGACAGCGUCGGCGACGGCGACCACCACAUACUCAAACCCUACAAGAAAUCCAACCGCCUCGUUUCUCUCGACGCCUUCCGUGGCCUCUGCGUCUUCCUAAUGAUAGUGGUCGAUUAUGGAGGUUCUGUUUUCCCAAUAAUAGCUCAUUCGCCGUGGAACGGACUACACCUGGCGGAUUUCGUGAUGCCCUUCUUUCUUUUCGUCGUUGGUAUCUCAAUUGCCCUCGUCUACAAGAAAGCACCAAAUAGACUAGAAGCCACAUGGAAGGCAAUGGGCAGAGCAGCCAAAUUAUUUCUGUUGGGUAUUCUUCUACAAGGAGGUUUCCUCCAUGGGUUAAACUCACUCACCUAUGGUGUUGACUUGGAAAGAAUACGUUUGCUAGGAAUUUUGCAGAGAAUAUCAAUUGGGUACAUUGUUGGAGCUCUUUGUGAGAUCUGGCUUUCACGCAGAACAAGGAGAGAAGUUGGAAUCUUGAAAAGCUACUACUUGCAUUGGUUUGCAGCAUUUGCUAUUAUUGCAGUGUAUCUCGGUUUGUUAUAUGGGCUAUAUGUUCCAGACUGGCAAUUUUUUGUACCUGGAGAAGGUUACUCGGAUCUUCCACUAGAUGCCCAUGAACACACAGUGAAAUGCUCUGUAAGAGGUGAUGUCGGUCCUGCUUGCAACUCUGCUGGAAUGAUUGAUCGCUUUGUUCUUGGAAUCAAUCACCUAUAUGCAAAGCCUGUUUACAAAAAUCUCAAGGAGUGUAAUAUCUCGAGCGAUAAAGUAGUCCCAGAGAGUGCUCCUUCAUGGUGCCAUGCUCCCUUUGAUCCUGAAGGACUUCUCAGCUCAUUAACAGCUGCAGUGACCUGCUUAAUUGGGCUUCAGUAUGGUCACGUUCUUGCUCAUUUGCAGGACCACAAGGGGCGUCUGGAGAACUGGUGUGGCUUCUCCGUUGCUUUUCUUGUCCUCGGAUUAUUCCUCGCCCUUUUAGGGUUCCCCAUCAACAAGCCUCUCUAUUCUAUCAGUUACAUGUUGAUCACUUCUGCUACAGCAGGCAUCACAUUUUGCGCAUUGUACUUGUUGGUCGAUAUAUACGGCUACAGAUGGUUGACAUUACCAUUGGAGUGGAUGGGGAAACAUGCUCUGAGUAUUUUCAUAAUUGUAUCUUCCAACUUGGCAGUCAUUUUGAUUCAAGGAUUUUACUGGAAAUCUCCGGAGAAUAACCUGAUGAACUGCAUUGUCUCUCUCUUUGUGCAUAGAUGAAGAAGACUUGGGAUUUAGUUUGGUGGUUUGUUUGUGGGUCCUCUGAGGUGGGAGCCGCAACAGAUUUAUACCGGUACUAUGUACUUUGCCUCCUGCCAUGUCCAUCAGCAACAUCAAGGAGGGGGAGAAGGCGAAAGUAAGUGCUAAAUAUUUGCAGAGUAAAGAGAUAAUGAGUGACAGAUCUCCCUAUGCGUUAAUUCUUUUCCACAGGAAUUGGCUUGGUUCACUAGCCAUUAAGUUCUGCGGAGGGUUUGAUGGGAAAGGAAGGACAAUGACACGUUUAGUUUUGUCUGAUAUGUACAGUAAGUAGCAUUCAUGAAACCUGUAGGUUAGAAUUAUGUGGGUAGCUAGCAUAAGCUGCAGGCUAAGUUCUCAUAGCCAUUGUGCGAUCGACCUUUGUCAGGUGAGAUAAUGUAGUAAUGACGAUUGACCGAAUUUC